GAGCAGAAACUGCCAGCAAAAACCAAGAUCAUGCAUGGUCGACAUGUGUCUACCCUUUCUUCCUCUUCAUAAGCUCACCACAUCUGUUGAAGUUUUACUCACUCAAAAUCAAAACUCAACAAACAUACUAAUCGGUUGUAUCAAUCUGCAAUCUGCUACAGACAUAGAGAGACUCGUAAGAUUAAGAAGAAGGUAAUCAAUAGGUGGUAAGAACAUGAUGAAGAUGAAAUUGUUGGCGUUGUUGAUGUUGUUCUUUAUUUCAUCAUCUAUGGUGAUGGGAUACAGGAAAGGAGAUGAAGAAUACAGAGGAGAAAAAAGAGGUGAAGGUGCAGGAGGAGGACCAGGAGGAAGAGGAGAAGAAGAAGAGGGAGAACAAGAUAUGUUCAUAUUGCAUAAAUCUGAACAAGUAGUGAAAACAGAAGGAGGGCAAGUCAGGGUUGUAAGAGGAUGGAAUAGAGGUCAGAGUGCCCCUGCUGGUAGAGGUCAUCAACAUCAAGCACAAGGUUUCAUAAAUCAAAACCUAAUGCAUAUUGGGUUCAUCACAAUGGAACCUAAAACUCUCUUCAUUCCUCAAUACAUCGACUCAAGCUUGAUCAUGUUUGUCCGCAGAGGAGAAGCAAAGAUUGGAUGGAUAUAUCAAGAUGGUUUAGUAGAAAAGAAUUUGAAAAUGGGAGACGUUUAUAGGAUUCCAGCUGGUUCUACAUUUUACAUUGUUAACACUGGUAAAGGACAAAGGCUCCAGAUCAUUUCUAGCAUUGAUACUUCUGAAAGCCUUGGUAGAGGUGUUUUCCAGUCAUUCUUCAUUGGUGGAGGAACUAAUCCUUCAUCUGUACUUGCUGGAUUUGACCCCAAAACACUUUCAACAGCAUUCAAUGUAACAACAAGUCAAUUGGAAGCGAUCAUGACAAGCCAACAAGGUGGUCCAAUUAUUUACUUAGAAAGCGGUCAUGCACCAGGCAUAAUGGCUUCAAUCAUGCAGUUGAAAGAAAGUGAAGAUGGUAGUCAAGGAUGGUCAUGGAGGAAGCUUUUAAACUCAGUUUGGGUUAACAGAGGAAAGAAAGGUGGUAGAAGAACCAAAGCUGGAUCUCCUGAUUCGUAUAAUAUCUAUGACAGAACACCUGAUUUCAAGAACAACUAUGGUUGGAGUGUUGCACUUGAUGAACAUGAGUACACUCCUCUUAGUCACUCUGGAAUUGGUGUUUACCUUGUCAAUCUCACUGCUGGGUCAAUGAUGGCACCACAUGUGAAUCCAACAGCAACAGAGUAUGGAAUAGUAUUAAGUGGAGCAGGAACAAUACAAGUAGUAUUUCCAAAUGGGACACUGGCAAUGAACACAAGGGUACAAGAAGGUGAUGUCUUUUGGGUACCAAGGUAUUUCCCGUUCUGUCAAAUUGCAUCAAGAAGUGGACCAAUGGAAUUUUUCGGGUUCACUACAUCUGCUAGGAAAAACAGACCCCAGUUCUUAGCUGGUGCAAGUUCAAUCUUGCAAACAAUGAGUGGACCUGAGUUAGCUAUGUCAUUUGGUGUUAGUGAAAAAAGGUUGAGAAGUUUGAUUAAUGCGCAAAGGGAAUCCAUCAUUCUUCCUUCAGCUCCUGUGUCUGAGCCUGACGAAUUAACUAAAGAGAGGAGGAACGAGAACGCAGAGAAGGAUGGAAUGGGUUCACUUAUAAAAAACAUUGGGUCUGAGAUGAUUAUGGGUUUCGAUUAGAUAGAUCUUUCUGGAACCGCCACCUCCGUAAUAAGGCU